UUGCAGAGCAGCAGGAUCUCGCUGUGCUUCUUCACAGAAAAUAGAAAGCAAGGCUUUUGAAUUUACUUUCUUUACCUAGUAACAGCAAUUGCAAAUGUUAAAAGAGAUGGGAAGAACAAGCCAAGCUCUGCUAAUAAUUUUGUAUGUGUUAAUGACUGUUAAAGCUUUUGAGAUGGAGAUUAUACCUGCUAACAGAAUUGUUGCACAGAUUGGAGACACACUCAUACUCACAUGCAAUACUACUGGCUGUGCAUCACCAAGUUUUUCCUGGAGAACCCAGAUGGACAACCCCCUUGGAGGAACAGUGAACCACCAUAGGACAUACUCUACCUUGACAAUGAAUCCAGUCAGCAUUGCGAAUUCUCAUGAUUAUCUGUGUACUGUCUUCUGUGGUAAGAAAGAGAAAAAAGAGAAGAGUAUCAAAGUUGAACUUUACUCUUUCCCCAGUGAUCCUGUCAUUGAGAUCAGCCCAUCCUUAGCUGCUGGAGAACCAGUCACAGUCACCUGUAAAAUUCCUGAUGUGUAUCCUUCUGAAUACCUGGAAGUACUCCUAAAGAAAGAGGAACAUGUUCUUAAAGAGAAAUGUUUUUAUGAAGAUGACAGCGCAAAUACAGAGACCAAAAUUGUGACAUAUUCAUUUAAUCCCACGGUUGAAGAUAUUGGGAAAGAGAUUACCUGUGUGGCCAAGUUACCAAUUGUUUCUAUGGACUUUGAACCCAAAGAAAGAGUAACUUCUCAGAAACUGAAUGCAAACUUUGGUCCACAAAAUACUAUCAUUACUGCAUCUCCAGGCAACUUGGCAAUGGAAGGAGACCCUCUAACACUCACUUGCGUGACUGAGAGUAAUCCACCACCACGAAUAGUUUGGAGAAAACAUCUGGCUGAUGAAAGCAUUGAGCAUCUGAUAGAAAACAAUGUCCUUUCUAUUCCCCAUGCCCGUUUCACUGAUUCAGGACUGUACAUCUGUGAAGUAAUUAAUCUGGUAACUAAUAAAACAGAGAAAGCAACUGUGGACAUUGUUAUACAAGGUGCUCCAAACAUUGCAGAACUCUCCAUCGAGCCUUCUACGACAGUUCAAGAAGGAGAAAAUGUUACCAUACAAUGUUCUGCUGAGAGUAACCCUCCUCCCAAGAUUAUUUUGAGGAGAAAAUCUGACAGUGCAGACAUGGGGCCUUACAGUGAGGGGAGAAUUCUCCUUCUUCCGUCCGUGACAUUUCUAAAUGGAGGAGACUAUGAAUGUGUAGCAGAAAAUAAGUUUGGGAAAAGUAAAAGUGAAAUAACAUUUAAUGUGGAAUAUGGACCGAAGAAUACAAUGAUCUCUGUUAUUCCUGCUACUGCUGUUAAAGAAGGAGAAACUGUGACGAUGAAAUGUACUAGUUCUGGUAAUCCAGCUCCAGUGAUCUCUUGGAAGAAAAAGAAGGCCAACGGGGAGUCUGAGAAAAUUUUUCAAGAUGCAACUUUAACUAUACAGAACAUAAGAAGUCAAGAUCAGGGGCUUUAUGAAUGUGAAGCUUAUAAUCAAUUUGGCAAAGAAGAAAAAGCUGUGAAAUUACUUGUUCAAGGAAGAUUGGAAAAAACAGAUCUAAUGAUCCCACUGAUUAUUGCAUUCUCCUGUGUAACAGCAGUAGCAGUACCUGUAGCUGCAAUUUUGAUCUACCUGUCAAGAAAAGCAAAGAUAAAUGGAUCCUACAGUCUUGUAAAAGCACUCAGGCUGAAAGUGUGAAUAUAAGUCUAAGUUCAUAAUAAGCAAUGCUAUUUAUUGUUGUGAUGAUUCUACUCUUCUAUAACAUAUGGUAACAAACAAGUGACUUAAGAACACCGCCAUAUGAUAGCAAAUGGAUUUUUUUCAUGUUUUGAUAAGUAUUUCAGUAUUUAAAUUAAAGGGAAAGCUAGCAUCCUGUCCUAGAAAGUGGUAAAUCACUUCUGUGUUGAAGCAUGCUGAACAAAGAGUUCCUUGGAGAACUAGGUUUGUACAUAGUGUAUAAUUUGUGUUAUAAA